CACCAGUCUGUUCUCGGACUCCAUUCAACAAAGCAAAAACAAAACCAAACAGGUUUUUCAGUCUGCCUGCACUCAUGGACAGAAGGAGCCGCUUCAUGUGAGGUCAAGUGACAAGUGAGACGAGGAGGAAAAAAAAACUAAGCUCUACACAAGAGAGAGAGAGAACUCCAGAGAGGAUGGAAAUGAAUGGGGGUGAAAAGACACACGGCGGGAUGGAGGGCGAUCCGGACCUCCAGUUCCUCCUUAAGGGUGGAGAUCUCCUCAAGGUCCGCUCCUCGUCAUGGAAGAAGACCCGCUACUACAGACUCCAGGAGGACUGCAAGACCAUGUGGCAUGAAUCCAAAAAAACCUUCAACGCAAAACAGACCUUCUCGCUGUAUGACAUCUCAGCAGUGAGGAUGGGCCGACAGUCGGAGGGUUUAAGGAAGAACACAGAAGAAAUGGUGGAGGGUCGUUGCUUCUCCAUUAUGUUCAAGAACCGCCACAAGAACCUGGAUCUCAUCGCCAGCUCCGAGGAGGAGGCCAAGCAGUGGGUCAGCAGCCUGGAGAAGUUGAUUCUCAACUUAAACAACCUCAGCGCCCAGCAGAAGUCAGAACAUUGGAUCUUCAGCUGCCUGAGGAAAGCAGACAAGGACAACGAUGACAAACUGAGUCAGACAGAGAUGAAGAACUUCCUCCGUCGGAUCAACAUUGAAGUGGACGACGACUACGCAGAAAUGCUCUUCCAGCAAUGUGACAAAUCCAAAUCUGGAUACCUGUCUGGAGCGGAGAUCCAACACUUCUAUGACCUGUUGACCCAUCGGGAGGAAAUCGACGUUAUCUACGGACAGUACGCUAAAACCACAGGCUUCAUGAGUCCUGAAAACUUAGUGGAGUUCCUGACGAAAGAGCAGAGAAGCAAAGCCUCACUGGCACUUGCACACACGAUUAUCGAGAAGCAUGAGCCGGAUGAACAUGUCAAGGCGAAGAAGAUGCUGUCUAAAGAUGGCUUCCUCAUGUACAUGCAUCACCCAGAGGCCAUGAUCCUGAACUCCGAUCACAGUGAGGUGUACCAGGACAUGAACCAGCCCCUGAAUCACUACUUCAUCUCCUCCUCACACAACACCUACCUCAUGGAGGACCAGCUCAAAGGGCCCAGCAGCACAGAGGCUUAUGUCAGGGCUCUUCUGAAGGGUUGUCGCUGCGUGGAGCUGGACUGCUGGGAUGGAUCUGACGAUGAGCCAGUGAUCUACCACGGCUACACACUCACCUCUAAGAUCCUCUUCAAAGACACAAUCAAAACCAUCAAGGAGUAUGCAUUCAAGACGUCGGAUUACCCUGUGAUCCUCUCGUUGGAGAACCACUGCAGCCUGGAGCAGCAGAAAGUCAUGGCCCACCAUAUGAGCUCCAUCCUGGGCGAUGCACUUGUUACCACUCCGCUGGGGCAUGGCAUGCCCACAGAUUUCCCUUCUCCUGAGGAAUUAAAGGGGAAGUUUCUGAUCAAAGGGAAGAGGUUAAACAAACUGGAGGCCACCUUUGCCUCUGAAACAGCAGCAGAUGAUGACGACGACGAUGUGACGGAAGAAGAAGAAUCAGAUGAUGAGGAUGAGCAGAAGGCAAAAGAGCCGAGCAAGAAGAAAAAGAAGCUGAAAUUAGCAAAAGAGCUGUCUGACAUGGUGAUCUACUGCAAGAGCGUCCACUUCAACGGCUUCGAGGACGCCGUUAAAAACUUGAGCUUUUAUGAGAUGUCGUCCUUCAAGGAGGGAAUUGCCAUGAAGCUGGCAGAGGAGUCGGCAAAUGCCUACAUCCUUCAUAAUGAGGACAAGCUGAGCCGAAUCUACCCAGCAGGCUCCAGGACCAGCUCAUCCAACUACAACCCUGUACCCCUGUGGAACGCCGGCUGCCAAAUUGUGGCUCUGAACUUCCAGACGACGUGCCAGUACAUGGAUCUGAACCAGGGCAGAUUCCUGGUGAACGGUAAAAGUGGCUACAUCCUGAAACCAGCCUACAUGAGGGACAAAGCCACAGGGUUUGACCCCAACACUUUGACCCGAGGAGCCUGGCUGAAGCACAAGACGCUCCAUGUCAUGGUUAUAUCAGCGCAGCAGCUCCCCAAACUGAGCAAGAAGAAAUCCUCAAUUGUUGACCCGCUGGUUAGGGUGGAGGUGUACGGAGUGCCGGAAGAUGUUUCUGUGAAAGAAACCAACCCUGUUGAAAACAAUGGGUUUAACCCAUCGUGGAACGAAAGCUUCGAGUUUGAGGUGUACAUGCCAGAUCUGGCUCUGGUGCGCUUUGUUGUGGAGGACCACGACUCGGCGUCUGAUAACGAGUUUGUCGGACAGUACACACUUCCCUUCAACAGCCUGAAAAUGGGAUACAGGCACGUGCCUCUGCUCAGUAAGAACGGAGACCGUCUCCCCUCAGCCGGACUUUUUAUACAUGUCAUGGUCGUAGAUGUUAAGUGAGACGUCGCCGACUGACAUGUGCCUCUGCAGGAAACUAGGACCCCCAUUACACAGCCGUGUCUCAGCUGCUUUGAAUUUCAAUUUUAAAAUUUUUUAGAUCUUGAUUGACUUAUUUGCUUCAGUUUAGAAAAAAGUUAGAUAAAGACCACAUUCUCAAUAGUAGGAAAGGACAGAUCUCUAGCUGAAACAAUGAGUUGUUUGAGGAGCAGUUAGACUCUCUAUUACUCAUGAUCAAUAACCUUUUAUAGGUUUAUUACAAUGCACUAGAUGUUCAGAUUGCAAUAGCAUUGAUUUAGUUUUUACUAUGAACGCUUGUGUCCCUCAUUUCUGGUCAGUUGGUUUUGUACAUUUUAAUUCAAUUUUUUUAUUCAAAUGGACUGCUUUAUGAAUUCUGGAAAAACAUAAGCAAACUUUAAAACAAUCUACUUUGUCUUCAUCAGUUUAUUUUAGUCAUCAAUUACAUGUAUGAAUAUUGUUCAUGUAACAUCAUCUUGACUACUUUAAAUCAGGAUGGAGAUAAAAUAUGAAACACAAA